UCUUUGCACGCCCUUCAAGUCGAAAUGGCUGCCAUCACCUCCGCUUCCUCCGCCGUCGUGGCGCGCCCCACCUUCGCGGGCAAGACCGAGGCUCUCCGCGCCCGCGCGGUCGCCCCCGUCUCCGCCAAGCGUGCCUCCGUGGUGACCCUGGCCUCCGCUGACGAGACUUCCCGUCGCGCUGCCCUCUCCGUCUUCACCGCUGCCGGUGCUGCCGCGGCCGCGAAGCCCUCCUUCGCCGCCUACGGUGACUCCGCCAACAUCUGGGGUUCCACCACCAACUCUUCCGGUUUCAUCCCCUACUCCGGUGACGGCUACGCCUUCCUCCUCCCCUCCAAGUACAACCCCUCCAAGGAGCGUCCUUUCCCCGGUCAGGAUGCGUACUUCGAGGACAACUUCGACGCGGUGAGCAACAUCUCCAUCCUCGUCGAGAAGUGCGGCAAGUCCAAGAUUGAGGACUUUGGCUCCCCCGAGUCCUACCUUGAGAAGAUCGGCUACCUCCUCGGCCAGCAGGUCUACUCCGGCGAGACCCGCUCCGAGGGUGGCUUCGCGGCCAACAAGGUGUCCUCCGCCGCCGUCCUUGACGUUUUCACCAAGAGCAACAAGGGCAAGACCUACUACUACUACGAGGUGCUCACCCGCACCGCCGACGGUGACGAGGGUGGCCGCCACCAGCUCAUCGCGGCCACCGUGUCCGAUGGCACCCUCUACACCAUGAAGCUUCAGUCCGGUGACAAGCGUUGGUUCAAGGGCCAGGAGCGCGACCUCAAGCAGACCUGGAGCUCCUUCACCGUCGCCUAAGCCAUUAAUACGAUGGCGACAAAACGCGGGGGCCCACGUUUUGUCGAGAGAAGGGUUAGGUUCGUAGAAGUUGGAAUUUGAGAAUCGUGGGAUUUUCCUUA